AUGAACAUCCGCAAUGCUCGGCCAGACGACCUGAUGAACAUGCAACAUUGCAACCUCCUUUGCCUUCCCGAGAAUUACCAGAUGAAAUACUAUUUCUACCAUGGCCUUUCUUGGCCCCAGCUCUCUUACAUCGCUGAGGACGAGGACGGGAAGAUUGUGGGCUACGUCCUGGCCAAAAUGGAGGAGGACCCAGAUGAUGUUCCUCACGGACACAUAACCUCACUGGCUGUGAAGCGUUCCCACCGGCGCCUCGGCCUGGCCCAGAAGCUGAUGGACCAGGCCUCCCGGGCCAUGAUUGAGAACUUUAGCGCCAAGUACGUGUCCCUGCAUGUCAGGAAGAGUAACCGGGCAGCCUUGCACCUCUAUUCUAACACUCUUAACUUUCAGAUUAGUGAGGUGGAACCCAGAUACUAUGCAGAUGGAGAAGAUGCUUAUGCUAUGAAGCGGGAUCUGUCGCAGAUGGCAGAUGAGCUGAGGAGGCAGUUGCAGCUGAAGAAGGGGUAUGUGGUGCUGGGCUCCAGGGAGAACCAAGAGACCCAGGGCAGCACGCUUCCUGGUUCUGAAGUGGCCUGUCAAGAGGAGAAGAACCCGGCCACUGAUGGUAGCGGGAGUGACAGCAAGGAACCCAGCGAAUCCACGGAAAGCCCCGAUGCCCAGGACAGUUCAGAAGACUCAGACUCCACCUCCUAG